AUGCGAACGACUCUCCCGCAAAGCGCCGCCGAGCACAGUAACUUUCACAGCACCCAAAUGGCGUACAGCUACGCACAUGCCUCCACUGAGCAUAUCAACAGCUCACAAAUGCUGGCUCAACCCACCUCCAAUAUGAUGGAUCCCACGGCAAUACCCUUCUUCGACUUUUUGCGAGACGUACUCUACGAGCAGCCCUUCAACCCGUCGCGAACUGUAGAUCCCCAUGGUCUUGCCGUGUUGGAUUUCUGCGACAAUACCAGUCUCGAAAUGACUGACAUGGACUUUGGGCUUUUGGAUAAUUGGAACCUGGAUCUUGUAGGAAACAUGUGCCGGUCAACGCGAGAGGGGAGCAUCAGUCGUCCUGAAACGGCGGGCGAAGUCGCGCAGAUGCGCAAUGCACUUGUGAGAGGCUGGACCGAAUCACCUUGGCGCUGGCAGCCCAAGGAUAACGAUACAGGUUAUACAGAGCUGGGCUAUAUGCCGGUCAGCAGCAGCCAAGCUGCAAAAAUGCAUCUCAAAAAAGGCGACAACAGCGCUCUUCGAGUUUCACAAGAGAAGCUGGAGCAGUCUGGGCGCGAUAGACUGCUCUCCUCGGUUCUCAGUACCUGCAAGACCGAUAGCAGCAGAAACCAGGUUGCUGCAUCCUUUCCAACAGUUGAGUUGAUGGAUGGCAUGAUUCACAUUUUCCUAGAGGCACACGCGUGUCAAGUUUCAGGCUGGAUCCAUUUCCCAACAUUCAAACUGAAUGAGCAAUGGGCUGAGUGGAUAGGAACCGCCGCAGCUGCGGGUGCAGUGUCCACGCCAGUCCCGACGCUCAGAAAGUUUGGGUUUGCAGUGCAGGAGGCUAUUCGACUGACGAUCCCUGCGCGGUUUGAGGCCAACAAUACUACAAUUCAAAACCUGGGUCUCGUGCAGUCCCUCAUUCUCUGGCAGGACAUUGCCCUGUGGAGUGGAAACCGACGCAAAAUGGAGAUUGCCGAAUGUCAUCUCGUCAUCCCGGUGACCAUGAUGCGGUAUCGUGGCAAGUUCCAACGCGCCAACUAUCCUUUGAUGGAGGUCGACGCGUCAGAUGAAGGGGACGAGCUUCAAGAGAAAUGGAAGGCAUGGAUCUCGAGAGAGCAGUGGAAACGACUUGUUUUCCACUGCUACCUCCGCGAAGCACAGGUGUCCAUGACAACCUUGACAAAUCCAUGCAUGUCAUAUGGAGAACUCACGCUACCAUUACCGGAGUCUCGAGAGCUAUGGUUUGCUCCGACGGCGGUAGAAUGGAAAAGCAAGUACAUUGAGCGUCACUCUGGUCAGACAAAGCGGCCGCCUUCGCUGGGAGACUUGUUAGCUGAAGCGCAUAAGCUUCCGGCCAACGCAUCACGCCUGGAUCUUCAGCUUUCGAUUUCGAUAUACCUGCAUGGAUUCUGGAGCAUGAUUCUGGAGUAUCGCCAAAUCUUGCUCCUCAACUCGCGGCACCAGGAGCUGGUGCGAGAGCUGCAAAAUUUCCAGUUAGUGGUUGGAGACUGGCCAGAUAUGUCGGUGCAGGAGCAAGUUGUGUUGCAUCUCCUGCAAAUGAACCUUCAUGUGUCGCUUGAUGACCUGCAGCUAUUCUCGGGCAAGGAGGGCGAGGACCAGGCGCGCCGAGUCUACCCCGUUCUCCAGCAAUGGGCAGCGAGCACCGCGUCGCGCACUGCCGUGUUUGGCGCGGGCCAGAUUCUGCGCUGCGCCAAGAUGUUUCCGCCAGACCACCUAAACGGAUUCUAUGCUGUCGCCGUGCAUCAUGCGGCGCUGGCGUUGUGGACGUACGGCGUGGUCAACAAGGCCAACCGGCAGCAAUCGAUGACGUCGCAAAACGCGUACGGAAAUGUUUAUCUCGACGACCAGGACUCCUUGUCCGUGCAGAGAUUCAUCGGUUUCGACCAGGGCCGGCCACUGGUCCGGGGGCCGGUGCUGCGCGGCGCGCCACGCGAAGCAUCGCUGCAGGAUACGCGGGCGUGCAUGGAGAUUUCACAGGAAAUCCUGCGCGCCAAUGUGUCGCAUGGGAAGGAGGCGACACCGCCAAUUGUGGAAAACCUGUGCCAUCUGAUUCAGCAGCUUGGGGAUGCAGCAUGGGCUGUGGGACUGGCCACUGUCAUCAUGUCAGCCUCGGAGACGGUGACAUCGACGGCGGCCAUUGCCACCACGGCUGCCGUGGUGACAGCGUCAAUCUUUAUCCUAUCUCGCGAGGUGCUGUGGCCGCGCUGGGCCAAGGUCCUCCGCAGCCCUCUCAAGACGACAAUUCCGCGUCUGACCAAGGAGGAGACGCGCCAGCUAGUCUAUCAGCCUGAUCAGUUUCCAGGCGCACGCGAUGUCGAAACGCCUUAUGGCUCCAUUCGCGUAUAUGAGUUCGGCCCCGAGGAUGGCCAAAAAGUCAUUUUUGUUCAUGGCAUCACUACGUCGUGCAUUACACUGCUCUAUAUUGCCAACAACCUAGAUCUGUUUGGCCGUGGCUAUUCCGACGGUGUCGGCGACAUCCCCCAUGAUGCUCGUCUCUAUGUUACGCAAAUGCUCCUGGCACUCGCCUCCAGCCCCCUGUCCUGGACUGGCAAUGAGUCUAUGAACAUCAUCGGAUAUUCCCUCGGCGGCGGUAUCGCUGCUCAUUUCGCUGGCACCUUCCCGCACAUGGUCAAGUCUUUAGUGUUGCUUGCGCCGUCCGGUCUCAUCCGCGCUGAGCGUUUCGGCCACAUCACCAAGUUCAUCUUUUCUUCCGGUGUCAUUCCGGAGCGCAUCCUACACGGUCUUACCAGCCGCCGCCUGCAGCAGCCAAUUGCCUCAUCCUCCAAGGUACCCAAACAACCCACCCCCGUGGUGCAUGGCAAGGCCGAGGCCGCCGUCAAAGUCGCGUCCGCAGAGGUGCCGGGAACCGUCUCAAGCUCCGAGGACUCUCCCAGCCUUCCCAUUGAGCAGCGCGUAACUCAUUAUGUUCGCUGGAUGGUUACGCACCACCUCGGAUUCGUGCCUGCCUUCAUGUCCUGCAUCCGCCACGCGCCGCUCACGCACCAGCAAGACAGCUGGAAGGCUCUCGCGCAGCGCAAAACCGGUACUACCGCGGUACUGCUCGCUGAAAGAGAUGAAAUCAUCAAUCUAGAUGACUACGAGGCUGACGGCCUUCCCCUGUUGGGCGGCCGAGAAAAUGUCUACUGGAAGGUACUCCCAGGUACUCACGACUUUGUCAUGACGCAGUCCGACGCCAUUACCAGGGAGAUUGAACAUCUGUGGGGUUUGAGGGCCCCUGAAGUAUAA